AUAGUGUUUCCCCUUUGUUCUCAGUGCUUUCUUUGUCCCGCAGACGGUUUCCCAGUUGUCUCCAGCAUUUCUAAUCGGUACUGUUUGUUCAGUCGUGGCUAAUUUGUAGAACUGCAGUCCCUGCUGCAGAGCUUCAACAACAGAGCCCUGCUUGUUCGGUUUUCCGGAAAACCAGCUCUGAUUCCAACCAGCUGUUUCCCGCCUCACACAGAUCAGCUGCACACACACACACACACACACAGAGUCGUAGUAGGCGGAGGCUGGAAGGCAACACACACACACACACACACACACACACGCUGGAGGGAACCCCAUCAGCUGUGGAAAGAAACACAGUUCGGUUUUACUUUUCGUUUUUUCCUUCCCUCCUUCUCAGAUUGAAUUUUAGAGCGGCGUUUUAGGAUCUGCGCUACUGUGGGACGCCUUUGCGGGUUCUGCGAUAUAAUCGAAAAACACAAUACUUCAACGAGAGCACACGAGUGGGAAGGGGAAGAAAACAGCAAACACGAACUACAGAAGGUGGCUUUGAAAGCAUGGACUAUGUCAGGAUGCCGACAGAGAAGAUAACAUCCCUGCAGCACUUCAAGCGGACGGAGAAGGAUGUUAUCGGCGGGCUUUGCAGCCUGGCGAACAUCCCCCUCAGUCCGGAGACGGCCCAGGACCAGGAGAGACGGAUCCGUCGGGAAAUCGCCAACAGCAACGAGCGGCGGCGUAUGCAGAGCAUCAACGCUGGAUUUCAGUCCCUCAAAACACUCCUGCCACACACAGACGGAGAGAAGCUCAGCAAGGCGGCCAUCCUUCAACAAACAGCGGACUACAUCUUCACCUUGGAGCAGGAAAAAACCCAGCUGCUAACCCAGAACAACCAGCUCAAACGCUUCAUCCAGGAGUUUAGCGGCUCCUCGCCCAAAAGGAGGCGAGCCGAGGAGAAGGACGAAGGCAUCGGGUCUCCGGACACGCUGGAGGAGGAGAAGGUGGAGGAGCUGAGGAGGGAGAUGAUCGAGCUGCGGCAGCAGCUGGACAAGGAGCGCUCGGCUCGCAUGCAGCUGGAGGAGCAGGUGCGGUCUCUGGACGGCCAGCUGCACCCAGAGCGUCUGAAGGUGAUCACCCAGCAGGUGGAUGAGGAGCAGGCCCUCAUCCAGAGCCAGACGUUGCUGCGGCUACAGCAGAUCCACGCCGCCGACAGACAAACACACAGUCCUCAGGUGCUGGCUCCGCCCACUCCGCCUGCCCCAACCCACCACCCCACCGUCAUCGUCCCAGCUCCAACACUAAACCAACACCAUCACGUCACCGUGGUGACCAUGAGCCCAUCUGUCCACACCAGCACCGUGUCCACUUCCAGACAGAACCUGGACACCAUUGUGCAGGCCAUCCAGCACAUCGAGCGCACCCAGGAGAGAAGAGGCAGCUCCGAGGACGAGCAGAGGAGAGCAGUCAUCGUCAGCCCCACCCACGUCGCCAUGGACACCGCCUGCUCAGACACAGACACGGACACGGAGGGCGAAGACUGUUUGAUGAACUGACCCGCCCCCACCCUGAACUCCUGCCUAACCCCGCCCCUCCAACACGCACACAAACACUUAAGACACCC